GAGGAAGAGCUCGAUUCGAAAGAUGCUAUCAUACUGCAUCAGUUUUCAAGGCCUAGGAAUGGCGUUCCGAGUUUAUCCCCGUUCUGUCUGAAAAUGGAAACAUACUUGAGGAUGGCUGAUUUACCCUACCAGAACUAUUUUGAUGGAAAACUUUCCCCUCAAGGGAAAAUGCCUUGGAUUGAAUACAAUCACAAGAAAGUAUCUGGCACUGAGUUCAUAAUUGACUUCUUGGAAGAGAAACUUGGAGUGAAUUUAAAUAAACACCUUGGUCCGCAUGAAAGAGCUGUUUCCAGAGCUGUGACCAAAAUGGUGGAGGAGCACCUGUACUGGACUUUAGCUUAUUGCCAAUGGGUGGAAAACCUUCACGAGACACAAAAGAUGGUGUCGCUUUUUGGCCCCUUCAGCGACUUGCUGAAGUGGAUCUUUUGCCAUCUGACCAAAGGGAUCGUGAAGCGGGAGAUGUACGGCCAUGGCAUCGGGCGCUUCUCGGAGGAGGAGAUGUACACGCUGAUGGAGAAGGACAUGCGGACUCUGGCAGGCCUCCUGGGUGACAAGAAGUACAUUAUGGGAUCAACUAUUUCCACUGUUGAUGCCACUGUCUUUGGACAUCUGGCACAGGCAAUGUGGACAUUACCAGGGACUCGACCAGAGAGACUAAUCAAAGGUGAACUGAUUAACCUUGCUAUGUACUGUGAAAGAAUAAGGAGGAAAUUUUGGCCAGAAUGGCACCAUGAUGAUGACAACACUCUGUAUGAAUCUGAGGAAAGCAGUGAGGCAAGCAAGACUUACUCCCCUUUGCAGGACUUCAGUUUUUAUUCAAGGACAGAAACAUUUGAUGAGGAAGGGAAUAGUAUUUCCCAAACCCCUGACACUGAUUACACUGGACACUCCCUCUUUGACUCGGAUGUGGACAUGGAUGAGUACAGAGAUCAUGAACAAUGCAAGUGAUACGUACAAGUGUCUCCCAUUGUGCAGAUAAGCUGUUUCUUGGGAUCACUCUGAUUUGUUUUCUCCUUCAGGUCAGGAAGAGGUUUAUACCGCUUUGGAAGAGACCAUUGUGCUUGAUUCAGCUGUCACAUACUGCUCGGACUAUUUCAACCGUAUUUCGUUUUGUGUAAUUGUUCAGGUGGACUAAGGUAAACACAUUUAAAACACACGUGAGCAAACUGCAGGUCCAGAGGGCAGCAAGACCUUUAAGUCUGUUUUUGUUCUUGUUCAAAAUCAGAUUCCCCGUCCAAGUGGGACGAACUUCUGGGAAAGAAGUCACAUCUGGUUUGUGUUGUUAUCUUAUCUUUACAGCAACAGGUUGAGGACAAAAAUGGAAGACGUAUGACUGGCACAGCUUUCUUCCAUGGAAGAAAAUGAUUGAUGCUGUAAUGAAAAGGCCCUAGCAGUGUUGGUUGACUGCCAUCUCAGUUUAAGCCAGUGUUGUGCUGAGGUGCAUCAGAUUCAUGCAGCACCCUGGCCUGUAUCAGCAAUAGUGGCCAGCAGGACCAGGGCAGUGAUGGUCUCCCUGUCUCAGCACUGGUGAGGCUGCACCCCGAACCCUGUAUUCUGUUCUGGGCCCUUCACUGCAAGAAAUUCAGGUGCUGGAGCAUGUCCAGAGAAGGACAAUGAAGCUGGUGAAAGGAACUGGAACACAAGUCUUGUGAGGAACAGCUGAGGGAGCUGGGGGUGCUUAGUCUGGAGAAAAGGAGUCUCAGAAGAGAUCAUCUCGCUCUCUCCAACUGCCUGAAAGGAGGCUGUAGCAAGGUGGGGGUUGGUCUCUUCUCCCAGGUAUCAAGCUCUAGGAUAAGAGAAAUGGCCUCAAGAUGCACCAGGAGAGGUUUGGAUUGGAUAUUGGGA